UAUUAGUAUUAAUAAGUAGUAAUAGUAUUGCAAAAAAACAAUAACAACUGAGAAAAAAAAACAUUUUACCGAUUAUUAGUAGACAAGUGGUCACACAAUUUAGUGGUCACAUAACAUGGCCGACGUGUUGGACAUCUUGGACUUGGAUCGUAACGAUCACAACAACAGCAACAACGACUCGCACAAUGACAACAACAAACAAAAGAAUCGCCGUAAGCGGGCAUCGGAUUUGAUGGCCAAACGUCCCGAAGGAAUGCAUCGCGAAUUAUAUGCAUUGCUUUACGCCGACAACAAAGAUAAUCCAUCACUGAUGCCGACGGACAUUGGCUUUCAAAACAAAUCAAUGGUUGGUUACAAACAAAUCAAAGCCAAAUUGGGACUCAAACGAGUCAGACCAUGGAUUUGGACCCGAUUUAGUCCAAAGGAUAAGAUAGAGUUAUAUCAUUGGAGACGUGAAGUGGACAAAAACAAAGAGUAUCCGUUCGCCAGACUUAAUACAUCUAUCGAAAUUCCCGGCUAUAAUGAUUCCGAAUAUCAACAGCUAUUGACAUGCGAUGGCUGGUCGAAGACAGAAACGGAUCAUCUGUUUGAUUUGUGUCGUCGAUUUGAUCUGAGAUUUAUCAUAAUUCACGACCGAUGGGAUAGGAUUGCGUUUCCGAAUCGAUCCGUCGAAGAUCUCAAAGAUCGCUACUACAAUAUAUGUAAUAUUUUGGCCAAAUAUCGGGCCCUACCGGGCCAGGAGCCUAAGCUGCGUGUGUUCGAUGCCGAUCACGAACGUAAACGAAAGGAACAGCUGAUCAAACUGUACGAUCGUACACCUGAACAGAUGGAAGAGGAACAACAUCUGUUGAAUGAGUUGCGAAAAAUUGAAAUGAGAAAAAAAGAAAGAGAAAAGAAAACACAGGACCUACAGAAGCUGAUUACGGCAGCGGAUACGUCGGUAGAGGCACGCAAAAUGGAUCAACAGGCCCGCUCGGGUGGUAGCCGACCGGGACGCAAGAAAACACCGCAUAUUCAACGAUCGGCUCGGGAAACAAUUGCCAAUACUUCAUCGGCAUCGGCUACGCCUAACCUGGAAACUGCCGGUAUUAAGUUUCCGGAAAUCAAGGCCAGCGGUGCCACAUUGCGUAGUCAACGUAUGAAACUGCCGGCAGCUGUCGGCCAAAAGAAAACCAAAGCCAUCGAACAGCUGCUCAACGAACUGAACAUUGAAUUACAUCCGAUGCCUACGGAAGAAAUAUGUCAACACUUUAAUGAAUUGAGAAGUGAUAUGGUUUUGUUGUAUGAGCUGAAGAUAGCACUGUCCAAUUGCGAGUAUGAACUACAAUCGCUGAAACAUCAGUUCGAGGCCUCACAACCGGGUAAGAUAUUGGACAUACCGACCACACUGUUCCCCUCAACAACAACAGUACCGCCUGAUGCCAAACCAGAUAGUAGUUCUACUACUUCAUCGCCCACUAAGAAGAUAUCGGAAGUCAUAGAUCUGGGUUCAGGACCCGGAACUCCAAAUAGAAAAAGAAGAGCAGCCAUUGAACAGUUGAAUCUCAUGAAGAAGUUGAAGAAAAAUUAGUAUUAAUUAAUUUUUUUUGUUUGUUUGUUAAACAGAUAAUCCCAUCAUUUAAUCGCUUAAAUUAAUAUCUAUUUAC